GCUGCCCAGUUGAAACGGGAGUCCGUCCCCUUUUCCCCGUCGGGUCUUCCGCUUAUAAAACACGCCACCGGGGGCUUAGCUCCUGCUUCCUCAAUAUUCUCCGCAAGCAUCCAAUCCAAGAAAACCAAGGCAGACUUGCAGCCCAAUCAGGCGAGCAAAAGCAAGAAGCAAGAAACCACCACUCUGCUCCCCCCCUCGCGGAGAUGUCGUCGCAGCUGAUCGAGGACCACCGGUCGGGCGCGGAGGUGCACGCCGGGCACGAGCUGUGCGAGCGCAAGUCCCGCGAGUUCAUGGUGGAGCUGGGCCUCCCCGACGGUCUCCUCCCGCUGCCCACCCUCGACGAGGUCGGGUACAACCGCUCCACGGGCUUCGUGUGGCUCCGCCAGGCCGCCGGCGUCACCCACACCUUCGACUCCAUCGGCAAGCAGGUGUGGUACGACAAGGAGGUGACGGCCUUCGUGGAGCCCGGCCGGAUGCACAGCCUCACCGGCGUCAAGAGCAAGGAGCUCCUCAUCUGGGUCACCAUCUCCGAGAUCGUCCUCAGCCCCUCCGGCACCAAGAUCGUGUUCCGCACCCCCGCCGGGCUCGGCCGCGCCUUCCCCAUCACCGCCUUCCAGCUCAAGCCCGCCGCGGCCGAAGAGGAGGCCGCCGCCGCCGCCGCCAACUGAUCUGUUUAGCUUCCGGCGCCGGCGGCCGCGUGUGUGGGCUGCUCGAUCUGGCCGCGGCGCCGCGAGAUCCGGCGGUGACUCUGUGAGUUGAUUAAGGUUUCCUCCGCCGUGUAUGUGUAAUGUAAUGGUAGUGGAUGAUGCAGGAAUAAUCGGCGUCCCUGGAUCCAGAACUCAUGAUUGUGUGCGCUAGUGCUGCCACAGUUUGAUUUUGGAUUGAUUGACAACUCAGUCUCUGAUCCAUCCAGUUUAUUUAUUUAUGCUCGCAUCGAUCUCUGUUUCGUUGCCCGUUUCCUCUACAUAUAAAAUUGUUUAUAUAUCA